UGAUGAUUCCAUAGGUUGGUCCCAAAAUAUACUUUUCCAAAUUGAUUGAAAGUUGAAGGAUUUGUAGGAGUUUCUUUUCUUCGCCUUGUUUCUCUUUGUGGUUGUAUAUUCGUUCUUGUUCAUUUCAAGUAUGGGAGAAGGGAAAAAUCAAAAGCUUCAAGAUCUAUGGUCUCAAUAUAAUAAUGGUCAUUUGAAGAAUGAAGAUCCCUGGAUAAUCGAUGAAGAUCAUGAGAAUUGCUGGAUUAAUGUUGACGCUGCAUCAUCAUCAUCAUCAUCAUUAGCAUCCUCCGUCAUUGAAGCUUCGACUAUUUCAGAUGGAUCGUGUUCCUCGAACGAUACAAGGGAUGAUGCAUCGUCAUCAGCUACACAUUCCUCAUCCUCAAAUUCUAGUGGAGCUUUAUAUGACUUGUCCGAGCUCAUGGAACAAUUGCCUAUCAAGAGGGGACUAUCUAACUUUUACCGAGGGAAAUCUGAGUCUUUUACGUGUUUGGCAAGGGUUACAAGCAUAGAAGAUUUGGCAAAGAAAGAGGCUCCUUGUAGAAGGAAACACAAGGGAAGCAAGAAUUUUGAAGGUGGCUUGGAUGCCUACAGAACAUUCACUCUUCCUAAGCCCAUUAUUUCCAAGAAAACACCGAGGGGCUCACUUUCAUCAUCUUUUCCGAGUAGAAGGGGAGGUUUCAUUAAUGGCAGCUGCAGGCUUCCACAGAAACCUUUGAAAAAGAGCUUGGGUGAUGGGAUGUGAACAAUUUUUUUUUUUUCCAAUAGAAAAGCGUAAAGCUUUGAGUUUUUGGUAGGAAAAAUUAGAAUAAAACUACUACUAAAA